ACUCCGACCUCCGACACAGUCCGACAUACGCGACAUGCGACACGCGACGUUGCACGUGUGUUUACAUUGUGUUUUUGACAGCUCGAUCAUAUGAAUGAGUGACCAUAUGAACGAAAUGCAUAGUGGAAGUGAGGAGGGAGAGGUCACGUCGGAAUAUGAAGAAGAUUUUACAGAAGAAUUAUGUAAUUUGCCUCACGUCUUGCGAUUUUUAAACAAGUUACGCGACCACAUCAGGAAGCAACGGAAGAAAAUUAAUAAACUACGAAAUAAGCUCAAUGAACAGAAACAACAAAAUUUGCUUCGUGCAAAAACGUACUCGGAUCAUGGAACUCAGGUGGCCCCUCUCGACAUUGACAGAUCACUAUCGCAAGACUGGGAUGUCAGUGUUGAAUCAUCUAGCAUAGUAGAUCAAGUAAAGCAAGUGGCGGAAUCAGUUUUGUUGCAGACUGGUUUUGUGUACGAGGAAACAUCAGGAAUGUAUUACGAUUAUAAUACUGGAUAUUAUUACGAUACAAGGCAAGGUUUAUAUUAUGAUGGAAAUACUGGAAGAUAUUACUACUAUGACAAGGAUAGUAACACGUACAAGUUUCACAGCCAAGUACAAGUCUGUGAAAAUGAACCUACGGUUAUACAAUCCGCAUCUCGAAAGGAGGAGGAAGUGGCAAAACAGGGAACUGGCAAAACGAAUAAGGAUGACGUGAAAAAACGAAAAUUUGUAAGUGAAGAAGAAAAUUCGGAAGAUGAAGAGCACGAGGAGGGUGAGUGCUCGGGGAGCGAGAACGACGGUAUUUCUGAUCAAAUUACUCCUGAUGUAUCUAUUAAUAGCGAGAGCGACCAUGAAGAGGAACAAGAUUUGGCGAAAGGUUAUCCACCAUGUAUGCGAAUUAUCGUGAAGGAAACAAAUUUGACGCAGCUGAAAGUGGGCUCCCUUUUUCUCGUGACAUACACAGGGGGUUCACUGGGUCGAGAGGGAGAUCAUUCGGUGCUGAUACCGGAUAUAAAUAUCAGCAAGCAUCAUGCUCGCUUUACGUACGACGAAACUAAGAAGCGGUAUCACGUGAUAGACUCCGGCUCGAGGAACGGUACAUUUUUAAACGGCAAACGAUUGUCGGUAGCUAAGCAGGAAUCCGAGCCUUGUGAGAUAGCGCAUGGUUCAAUCGUGCAAAUUGGCGGGACGAAACUGCUGUGCCAUAUUCAUAAUGGGAAUGAAACGUGUGGCCAUUGCGAGCCAGGCCUCGUUCAACAAAGUAACAACCUCGAUGAAAAUAAAAUUUCGAAGAAGACACUCCACAAGGACGAAUUACGACGUCUCCGACACAAAUUCGGAAUCGACAAGGAUAACGUUACGUCCGGCAGUCAAUUAGCUUCGGGUUAUCAAGACAGAGCGCAAGCCAGGAGACAACACGUGGGCUCCUCGCAUCAUUACGAUAAGACACAACAGAGUUCCAUUCACACAUCGAUAACGAAGGACAACAAAGGGUUCAAGUUACUGUCGAAAAUGGGCUGGUCCGAGGGUCGCUCUUUGGGCAAGGACGGAGAUGGUAGAACGGAACCCUUACCUAUUGCGCGUAAUCACAACAAAGUUGGUCUUGGAUCGAACGAGGCGGACUAUUCCAACAUCGAGCUCGAUUCUAACGUGGAGAAGAAGCAAGCGGUCUGGCGGAAAACUCAAAAGCGUUACAAAGAGAUAGCCGAUCCGUGAGACGAGUACAGACGAUGUUUGAUCGAGCUUGCCAAGACACAAUUAGUACCCAUCAUUGAAAUGCACACGUACAACACUUUUAUAAAUAAAUUGUGUAAAUCAUUUGUAAAUAUUAAAUACCAGAGCACUGUGUAUCAUAAUAAAUAUACAUAUGUAUAAUUGACUCGCAUCAUU